AUGCCCGCAGGGGCAACGGCAGUGGCUCUUGAUGCUGAAUAUGGCGCUACAUCAGUUAGUGAAGUUCAAGAGUAUGCUGUCACUAGGUUAGCAACCCGACUUGCUACCAGCGCAGAAGGCUUGCCAUUCAAAUUCACCAGUGGUGUGGAUGUUGAUCUAAACAACGGGAUCGUUUAUUUCGCAGACGCUAGUACAACAUACGAGCUAAGAAAUUCCACGCGGCCAAAUUUCAAACCCGACUCAACCAGAAGAUUUAUGAAAUAUGACCCGUUCAGUAAACAAGUGAUGGUGUUGCUAAGAGGGCUUACUGGGACAGGAGGACCAGCAGUUAGUACAGAUAGCUCAUUUUUGUUUGCUUGUGUGAAAGCCAAUACAACAGAAGUUUUCAUAAAGUUUCCUGGAAAUUCAAUUAAAAUUAAGAGGGCAGCUACAACCGGAGAAUUUUGGGUGGCAGUAAAUGAAAUAAAUCAACAGCAGGUUACUUUGCCUCAAGGUUAUAGGAUCAAUGCUUAUGGCACAGUGGAAAUUGUAUCUUUCGCCGCGCAAUAUAACAAUAAAUCAAUCAGUGUGGUUCAGGAGCAGAAUGGGGCAUUAUACGUUGGGUCUCGUGUAGUUGAUUUUGUUGGUGUGUUCAGGAACUAG